GCGCGCCGCGGUAUAUUUCAAAGCUCUCGGAUCUCCCGAUGGGACCUCAGGGCGCAGCCUCGAGAAGGGUGGUUCGAAUCGUCGGCGAGGGUCAUCGUCGUCGCCACCGACCGUCGCCGUCAAAGUCGCGCAGGUGCUCCACCCUCCCCACGAAGGGAAGCAAGGAGGAGGAAGACGAGGAGGAGAAGUUUUUCUCGACGCGUCCUGCUGAGCGACUUCUCAAAAGGACGAAAUUUGUAGAGACUAGGCCGAAGACCCCAGGAUGAUCUAGGUCACCUAACCCGACACGUAGUGCUGAGUCCCUCGCGCUUCCUUCGGGCUUCCGAUCCGUCUGUGUGAGUUGCGGCAAGUAUUCGCAGCUAGACAGAGCCACAGGAGCCGCAAGACCCGUGCAUUCCCCUGUCUGCCCGUGAGCCUCAGGCCCUGCAAAGCACAUGGAGGAUCCAACAAAACGCACGGGUUCCUCUCCGCCAGUGGCAUCGGGCCCGAAAAAAAUGCCAGGAUACCCUGGACCCGCAGAACGCACGGGUUCAGCUCGCCAAUAUCCUCGGAGCGGGUUCCUUCAUUCCGCAAGCCUGGGACGGAACGGCAGAACGCACGGGCCCCCUCCCCCUUAUGUUCAAAACGCAAAACGCACAGGCGAUCUUCGCCCGCGAGCGUGGGGCCCCGCGAAACACACGGGCACUGGUUCCAUUCGCCCUUGAGUCCUGGACACCACGAAACACGCGGAUUCUUGGCGUUCGUGAACAAAUAUAUGGCAUAUGGCACCCGACGUUGAUUGCGCAUCGCUCGGGCGACAAAAAAGGCUCACCCGCAGCACUGCCGCACUGUCCGUUUGGAAAAAGAUGGCAACUCGGCAAAUGCUCAGCAAACGUUCGAAAAAUAUGUCGCGCCGCCCGCCGACUGACGGACAAGGGGCGAUCGCCUAUACAUGCAUAGCACCGCAUAAAGACAUUUGUUUUUUUGGGGGGAACAGCUGAACGCAGCACCUGAAGCUGGGAUAGCGGGUCGACAAACCAGACCGUGGAGCGAAGGGCUUCCCUAAUGAAACACAAGUGCCGCACGCCCUCCUCGCGCUUUCGCUAUGGUGUACUCCGCUUGUUUCCGGCCGUCGGAGACCAACGAACCACCAGAGAAAGCGACAAGUACACAAUGUCCCCAGACUCGGGCAGGAGGAGAAGGAAGAGGAAGUAAGGGCGAGAGCAAAGAGACAAGGGGGAAUUGCGGGAAUGCACAGAGCACUGCAUCGCCCAUUCGCCGCACAUUGGCGCAUCGAGAGUGCGCACAGUUGAGACUCAAAUACGCUGCUAGGCUAUUAGGGAACCAAGGAGGAUAGACAGUAGUGGAGUGACAGGGAAGAAGCCAGGAGGAAAGCAGAAAGCGAGUGCAGCUUGGCGUGCGGGACAAGCUUCAAGCGCAGCGGGUGCGGCUUGGAGCACAUUGAAGACUCACCCUACGAUAUCAAACUCUUGGACGCUCAAUCUGCACAGCCGGCCCCGCGUACGAAGACUGACAAAAACACAGGGCUGCAUAAUGCGCUUGCUCCAACUCGAGACGCUUGAAGCUGCGAGGGGUGUUGAGGAAGAGGGUGGGUCACAGCAAGCAAACAAAAAAGAACGAGAUGCGACAUGUUUCGGCAGGCAGCACGUCUGCACGGGGCCAUCACUUUGGAGGGGGUCGUGGCUACACGUCCGGACGGGAGCGGGUCGCGCUCCGCUAGAAAGAGGGUUGCUCUCGUGAAUACAUUCCAGCCUGAAAACAGCUCGGCUGCUCUCGUGAGCGCUUUCCAGACUAAAAAACAGCUCGCAACGAGGAUGCUGAAUACUCCUAUUGGCUCAGACCUCCGAGUUACCGUUCCCCCACAAUGCAAGCCAGAGAGCCAGCCGACCCCAUCUACGUGAAAGGCGUUUCACCAGAAGAGAGGGGGGGAGAGAGAGAGAGGGGGGGGAAAGAGAGAGAGAGGGAAGAGGAAGGGAAGGAGGGAGAGAAAGACAGAGCGAGAGAGAGAGAUGCCCCGAUGGGAGGUGUAGCUGGACACGUGCUCCUCAGCAACGACGUUCAGUCUUCGAUGGUCCUCCUCUCCGCGUGCCAGGUGCCAGCACGCGCCCUUUCAGGACUGAAAGGACCGCCCGCCGAAGACCGCACUUCCACGGCAACGUCGGUCAGCUUGACCUCGGGCUCUGGCAGAAGUGCCCCUGACCGCAGGGAGGCCCUGGGGCUGCGAAGGAGGCCCUGGCCCACCGAAGACCGCACUUCCACGGCAACGUCGGUCAGCUUGACCUCGGGCUCUGGCAGAAGUGCCCCUGACCGCAGGGAGGCCCUGGGGCUGCGAAGGAGGCCCUGGCCCACCGAAGACCGCACUUCCACGGCAACGUCGGUCAGCUUGACCUCGGGCUCUGGCAGAAGUGCCCCUGACCGCAGGGAGGCCCUGGGGCUGCGAAGGAGGCCCUGACGGGCCCAGACGGCCCCCGACGGGUGCCGGAAGAGAGGCCCAAGGCUCCAAGAGCGGGCGGAGGCCUGGGUGCACCCUGGGCCAGGGACGCCCCUGCCAAAAACCGGUGAUGCUCGGCGGGUCGCGUGCCGAUGACGGACCGGACGGAGAAGUCGAGGACGACCUCGGCACGAUGCCCUCGUCGAAUUGAGAAGAGCUCGCUCCAAUCGCGGCGGCUUCCUGUGUGUCGCUCACGUCGUCGGUCAUUGCCUCCCAACCCCAGCUUAAGAGCUGCUGAACAUCCUCUGCGCUGCAGAAGAUCAUUGUGCAACGUGGCGUCUGAGAGCCCCGCACGAAGAGGCAUCGCCCUGCGGUGAAAAAACAGAGACCAAGGACAGCAUUUGUCCAAGGGUCCCCCAGCCCCAUGGCGUCACAGGCAAAAACGAUAGAGCCGAGAAGGAACAUUGCAGAUCCCCACCAUAUUGUAGACUGAAUACGAAGAGGCGAAUAUGCAUACCGGCAGCCACCCCGUGAAGGUGCUGAUGAUAACAUCAGCAGCAGGGAACCGAUUAGAAACAGCCACGAUCCUGCGUGGUAUAGGGAUGCCUGCCCAUCCGUGCCCGAAUAGAUUGCAGCAAAGACAAAAUAUCCCAUUGUGUAAAGCGCUACUCCCAAUGUGUAAAGCCAAUUUUUUGGUGUACUUGAGAUGCUGUACGCAACAAGAAAUGAGGUGUAGCAAACCGCGUAUACAACAUUGAAUACUUGGUUAAUGCUUUCAUUGAAACGUGCAUUCCAUUCACGCACGAUCGACACGAGCUGGAUGGAGGUUUGAGAAAGAAACAGCCAAGCGCACACCAUGCCGUAGCGGUCCAUCCAGACAGACUCAACCAGCCGUGUUGGUAAAUCACGAUGGUCAGUCUUGAUCCACUGCCAGAUAUGAGGCUCGCCACAUGCGUCGAACUUCCACCAACCUACGAACUCGUGCCCACGUUUGCGUGACGACGAGCGCAUCUCGAACGAGCCUGUCGUUCCACUACCUGCCUCCAGGAUAUUGCUGUCGAUGUGCCUCCACACUCCACAAACGGAGACACGCCCAUGGACCACAUCCACCCGACCAUCCAGCACCGCCAGACCGGGCAACGGGUCCGACACGCUCGCUGCACGCCGCCGCUGCGACAGUGCCAUCAUCGCGUCCUCCGGGUGAUACGUGGCCUUGAACCGCCUGCCUCGGCGCUCAGCCUUCAGCGUCGACAUGCUGCAGUCCUCGGUGAACUCGACCUGCCUCCGGAGAUAAUUUUCGAUCAGGUCGGAGUCCGACUUGUCGGACAGGCCACUCCUGUUCCGGAUGCAGUCGCUCCGGACCAGAGCCAUCACACCCGAGGCAGCCUCGCCGCAACGGGCGGUGCGAGCCCACAGCGCUCGGGCCAAA